AUGUGUUAUGCAGUUGGUUCCCUCCAGCAGGCCACAAGCACCUGCCCGAUGUGCAAGGUCUUCAGGCCGAGCGCCGCCAGGUGUCCACACAUCAAGGACGUCUGCCGCAAUGCUGCUGCCCACCCCCGCCACGACGUCAUCUUCCUCAAGAAUGCUGAAGUACAAACGUUUAAUGGAUGUGGCUUCUGCAAGUGGGCCAAGACCACCCCGCCACCCACCCGCGCAGGCUACCAGAACCCUGGCUGGCCUGGCUGCUGCCGUUCCCCCACUGCCGCCGAGUACAAGCACAUUUCCCCCGCCGACUGGCAUGCCGUCUCCAUCGUGCAUCAUAUACCCAUCCCCACCGAGAUCAAGGCGAUACUCGACAGCAUCACCAUUAGCCCCACCCGCACCGCACCUGGCAUGACGCGCCGCCCCAGCUAUCCUGCACGUACCGACACCCUGCCGCGGAGCAAUCCAGUGGCCAUCCCGGCCAAGCGAUCGGGGGGCAGUCCACCUCAGCUCCUCGCCUCGCUCUCAGGGGCGACCCGCAGUGGCCAAGGCGACGGCUCGCCCUCGUCCCUCCCCAAUGCCUCCGUCAUGGACCAGAUGCAGGCCGCGUCCCGUCGGUCGGCGAUGGACGUAUUUGCCGAGAAGCGACCGGAUCCGUCGAACGUCAGCCAGCACUCGCCCGGGCGCAAGCACGCCGAGCUCUCGGGCUCCGUCUCUCGCCGCAGCACCGAGCGUCGCCCGUCCAUUACCUCCAUCGCCGCCGCCGCGACGAUCAGCAAAUCGCCCACGGACGCGACAACACAGCGACGUCGCACUGGAACCGCGACGUCCAUCACGCCCCCAGCCCUCCGCUCGGCGGAACGCUCGGUCGAACGGGCCGGAGACACCGCCUCCAAGCGCGGCGGCAGCGUCGUCGACGAGGUCACGGAGAAAGUGGCGACAAUGAGCGUGUCGAGCGCGUCGAGCAACAGCAGCGGCAGCAGCUCCGAUAUGACCGUCACCUCCGACGGCGGCUUUACCGACUACCUCUCUGACGAGUCCGAGGCGGAGCUCCAGAGGCAGGCGGAGCUGAAAGCUGCCAUCGUCGCCCAAAACCACAUGGAGGAGCAAGAGUUUAGGGUCGCGCGCCAGCAGCUCGCGCAUUCGUGGCGCGGAAACGAAGUCCAGAGCACGCCACGCUCGCAAAUUCGCGUCAGCGCGACGAGCCGCACCUCGGCGGGGUUCGGUCAGUCGGCAUUCGCUGCACCUGCCUACGCCGCCAGCGCAGCUUCCGCACACUCCCGUGGAUGA